CGAAGCCUUCGUUUCUCGCCAUGCGUCGCUAACACAAAGGCUGUCCAGGCUACGCCUGCUUGGCAGGUGCCAUGGAUGGCUCCAUCCAGCCCGACGAUGCCGAGGCCGUGCGCCGGACCCAGCGGCAGACCCAGCGGGUGGAUCGCCUGAAGACGGUGAUGUCCAAGACGCAAGAUGUGGAGCCGAAGAAGUCGAAGCUUCCACGGCACCUGGCCAUUUUGAAAGAGCUGAUCUCAGACUUUGGCAAGUGGCUGGCGCAACCGUACAAUGUGGACGUAGAGAUCCCUGACAGCGAUGACGAGGAGAAUGCUCCUCAGGCAGAGGCUCAGGACCUACCGCGAAAGACCUGGAGAGAGAAGCUGCAUACCGUGGUGGUCAGCAAUGGCUUUGAGGCCACAAGUUGCUUCUUGGUUAUCGCCAACCUGGCUUUCCUAGGUGUUCAAGCCAACUGCAACGGCGGCUGUGGCACCUACACCACUGCUAUGCUAUCCACCUUUGAUAACUUCUUUACCGCCACUUUUUUGCUGGAGUGGCUUUUGUGUGUCACCGCACAUGGCGGGUCGUACUUUACGACGCCAGAGACGGUCAUGGCCAAUAUGCUGGAUACUUUCAUAGUGUGGGUCGUGGGUGUUUUCCUGCUUUGGGUCGCACCAGUGCUGCUGAACCAAGAGGGGUUGGCAGCAUUGCAGGCCAUCCGCGCGAUUCGUGCCAUGCGGAGCCUGCGCAGUUUCAAGGUGCUGCGACAUUUCCAGAGCUUUCGCAUGCUCUUGACUGGCGUUCUUGGAACAAUCCCCACCCUUUUGGCUUGUUGUUUGAUGAUGUUCUUGACCGUUAUGACCUUUGGUAUCAUUUCAGUAGACAUCAUAGGACGCGAUGAAGCUUGGGGACUCGCUGCUUCGGGCACAGCUGCCUGGUACUUCCAGAAUGGUUUGAUUCAGGCAAGUAUGACGAUGUCACGCUUCAUUUUUAGUGACAACGCGGUGGACUUCAUUGAGGAACUGCAAGAACAGCAACCCUACAUUUGGAUCUACUGUUUCCUCUUCAUGGCGAUCUCCGCCUAUGUCAUUCUGAACCUUGUGACCGCGGUCAUCUGUGACAAGGCACAGCAAAUCGUGAAUGACAACGAGGCUGAACGACUCUUUGAGAUGCGCCAGGAAGAAAAGCGGAACAUGAAAGAUCUCAAGAGGAUCUUUGAAGUCUUGGACGAAGAUGGUAGUGGCCUGGUGACCACCGAGGAAUUUGAUGCAGCCUUCGAAAUCCCGGAGUGCAGGGACAAGUUCUUCCUGCUGGGCUUUGAUGAGGAGGAGAUGAAGCAACUCUUCCGCGUCUUGGACAACGACGGCGAGGGCGAGCUGAGUGUCCAGGAGUUUCUGAAAGGAAUGGUGCAGGUUCAAGGAGACUGCGACUCCAGAUCCAUGCUGAUGGCUACCAAGAGCUUUGAGAAGGUCUCCAUGACCUACGACAAGGUGAAAGGUUCCGGUGGAGCCUCGGUGGCCCCACGGAUGACGCAGACGCAGAAGAGUCUGGAGGAGUGGUUGACGGAGAUAGAGAAUCUCACAACGGAACGCUUGGACCAGAUUGAGCGGCACUUGCAAAACUUGGAGUCAAAAGCCGAUGGUUUUGAGAAAAAACUGGACAUCAUCGAGUAUCUUCCACCCUUGGCAGUCGAGGGUGAAGCUGCUGGCUCUUGACCUGCAGAGCCUUCAAGUUCACCAAGACCAUGGUGUUUUUGUUGAUUGUCCCGCAAGUUGGGUCCACAUAGCCCACAAAUUGCCCCCACCUAUGUCAUUCUCCCAGAGUAUGAACUUCGCAAAUGAGCUCUUCAUAGUUGCUUUGAAGCCGACCUCGCCGCCCAAGCCACAUGACUUUUCCAAUGCCAAACGGCAUGUCUGUGUCAUGGCUUCGGCGUGUGGUGCAAGUUACGCAUUUACUUCAAGCCAUGGCAAAGCUUUGGGCAGCAAAA